AUGACAGCUGCUACUGAAUCACAGCCAGCUUUCUCGCCAGACCAAGUUUCCGUAAUCUUCGUUUUAGGAGGACCCGGUGCAGGCAAAGGCACUCAAUGUGAGAGAUUAGUUAAGGAUUUUUCCUUUGUCCAUUUAUCAGCGGGUGAUCUUCUACGUGCUGAACAGAGCAGAGAGGGCUCCCAAUAUGGGGAGUUAAUUAGGAACUACAUCAAGGAGGGUCUGAUUGUUCCUCAGGAGAUCACUUUGGCGCUGUUACGCAAUGCCAUUUCCGAGAACGUCAAGGCCAACAAGCAUAAGUUCUUGAUAGAUGGGUUUCCCAGGAAGAUGGACCAGGCCAUUUCCUUCGAAAGGGAUAUCGUCGAAAGCAAAUUUAUCUUGUUCUUUGACUGUCCUGAAGAUGUCAUGUUGCAGAGACUAUUGGAACGUGGUAAGACUAGUGGUAGAAGCGAUGAUAACAUUGAAUCCAUUAAGAAGAGAUUCAAUACUUUCAAGGACACGAGCAUGCCUGUUAUCGAGUACUUUGAAACUAAAUCUAAGGUCGUCCGUGUCCGUUGCGAUAAGUCUGUGGAAGAUGUAUACAAAGACGUUCAGGACGCUAUCCGUGAUAGAUUAUAG